AUGGCGGAGGAAGAGACGGCGUACGCGUACACGGAGGGCCAGGCGACGCUGCGAUCGAGCGCGCACAGGGCGGUGUACAGCAAGACGCGGAAGGACGACCCGGGCCCGCGCGUCGUCGUCGGCGCGCUGCCGUCGCGGCUGCGAGACACCGCGGUGUUCGGCGUUGACGGGCCCGCGCUUCGCGCGUUGCGAGCCGCGGUGGUGAAUCUCCUCGAUCGCGCGGGGGCGGACGUCGGGUCGUGGCCGGCGUCGGCGUCGGCGUCGUCGUCGUCGGAGCGCGACCUCGAGGACUUCGUCGUCCCCGCGGCGUCGCUCAAGGAUCUGAGGGGCUCCGCGCGAGGGAAGAAAUUCCCGCGAGGGCCCGCGAACGCGACGCUGGCGGAGCUCGUCGUUCAAGACGCCGCGUUCCUCGCCGCGUUCGACGCGCUCAUAGACGACGCGAUCUUACCGAACCUCCGCUCGAGGCUCGCGGCGUGCGGCGUGAGCCUCGACGUCGCGGAGGAGACGAGCGCGAAGGACGCCGUGGGCGCGAGCGGAGGAACGAUGAGACGGAGACGCGUCGGGUACGUUCAGCGCCCGCCCACGCUGCGGAUCCAACCGGGGCCCUCCACGCGGUACGUCCGCCCGCACAGCGACGACGAGUACGGGCACCAGGACGGGGAGAUUAACUUUUGGAUGCCGUUCACGUCGUCGCAGAGGACGCGGACGACGCUGUGGGUGGAGAGCGAGAGAGGGAGAGAGGACUACGCAGAGACGGGCGUCGACGCGGGCGAGUGCGCGGCGUUUCACGGGACGUCGAAGCGACAUAUGGUGCCGGCGAACGAGAGCGCGUGCACGAGAGUGAGCUUGGACUUCCGGAUCGGGGUGGAGGGGUUUUACGACCCGAAGUGGGUGAUGCGGGGGACGAAAGCGGACCACGACCGCAGAGAGGUUUCGCUGUGA